AUGGAACUCCUGCUAAGCAGCAAGAAUGAUGCUGACAUGAGGGGGAUAAGAGACAGUAAAAAGGUGGUAGGGCCAGGGAUACUGGGUGGAAGAACAAGUUCAUUAAAGCCAUGGAUGAUAAUCCUUAUUACCACAGCUAUUGUGUUGGCUCUGGCAGUAAUUAUUGGCCUCCUUGUUUAUUUUUUGGCAUAUGAUCAGAAAGCUCACUACUUCAAGGCCUCCUUCCAGAUCCCCAGUAUUGAAUAUAAUCCUGAGUUUUCUGUAGAACAUUCAAAAAUUAGUACUGACCUGAAACUAAAAAUCAAAAAUGAGAUAGAUAAGAUAUUUCAAAGAUCCAUUUUAAAGCAUCAUUACAUCAAAUCUCAUGUUUACAACUUUAGGGCAAGUAAUGGUGGUUUGAAAGCAAACAUAUUGCUUAAAUUUAAAUUUCCAUCUAACAAUGCUGACAUCAUUAAAAGAGAAGGUGAUAACAUUUUGCAUGAGAAACUGAAAUCAAACGAGAGCUUCUUGACGAUAGAUACUUCAUUACCUUAUCUUAGAGAAAUGCAUGAAACACAAGCAGAGCAUAUUCUGAACAGCUGUUGUGGUUUAGGGAUGGAGUACCCAUACACGGAAAGAAUUGCUAACAGCAAAAUUGCAGAUAAAGCUAACUGGCCAUGGCAAGCAAGCUUGCAGGUAGAUGGCGUCCACUUCUGUGGUGCAUCUCUGAUUAGUGAGGAGUGGCUCCUGACUGCAGCUCACUGUUUUGACAUUUACAAAAACCCCAAACUAUGGAUGGUCAGUUUUGGAACAACCUUAAGACCUCCGCUGGUAAGAAGAAAGGUGCAGUCAAUAAUUGUUCAUGAAAACUAUGCCGCCCACAAGCAUGAUGAUGACAUCGCUGUGGUGAAGCUCUCCACCACUGUCCUAUUUUCUGAAGAUGUGCACAGAGUCUGCCUCCCCAGUGCUACUUUUGAAGUCGUACCUAAGAGUAAAGUGUUUGUCACUGGAUGGGGAGCAUUAAAAGCAAACGGUCCCUUUCCAAAUACUCUGCGGCAAGUUGAAGUAGAGAUCAUAAGUAAUGAUAUAUGCAAUCAAGUUCAUGCAUAUGGAGGUGCUGUGUCAUCAGGGAUGAUAUGUGCUGGAUUCUUGACAGGAAACCAAGAUGCCUGUGAGGGUGAUUCUGGAGGACCUCUGGUUAUUGCACUUGAUAGAAAUAUCUGGUAUCUUAUUGGAAUAGUAAGCUGGGGAAUAGGCUGUGGAAAAGAAAACAAACCUGGACUUUACACCAGAGUGACUCAUUAUCGGGACUGGAUUAAAUCUAAAACUAACAUCUAA